AUGAUUGUAAUAAAACAAGGAAAGUGGGGUACUGAGGCAGACAAGUCUAGAUUGAAUCAAAGAGAUGGAGCACGUUGUGUUGAAUACGACCUCCUGACCCUUGCUCAUAUUCUGUCCGGGCCAUUCCACCCUGGCGGGUUCUUCCGCACCGACGCCUCCCCCCCCCCACCCACCCUCCUCCGGCCCGACACCUCCCUUUUCCGCCAACCACAGCCUUCAAAAUUAGUCUUCUAUCUACCCACACCAGUCGGGUUGGGAUUAGGACCGAUCCAAUACAGCUUAGGCCUGCAUUCGCCACAAAAAAAGGAGGAUGAGCCAAGCACCAUGUCCAGCUACCAGCCGGCUUCCACGCCACAACCAUCUUCCAAAGAAGACGAGGAUGAUGAAGAUAGCAUAGAUGUGACUAAUGAAGAACCACCGGUGGAGCCAGCCUUGUAUCCUCCUCCUCCGCACGAGACAGUUUAUGAAACUUCUGCCCGCCUCCUCUUUAUGGCAGUCAAGUGGGCAAAAAACCUUCCUUCCUUCGCAUCUCUACCCUUCAGGGAUCAGGUGAUUCUACUGGAGGAGUGUUGGUCAGAAUUAUUUCUGCUGAAUGCUGUGCAAUGGUGCUUACCCCUUGAGUCGAGCCCGCUAUUUAACGUAUCCGAUCACCUUUCUGGCCUCCCCAACGGAAAGGCUUCUCAAAUCGCCGCAGAAGUACGCACUCUCAAUGAUACCCUCCUCAGGUUUCGCACUGUUGGAGUCGAUCCUGCCGAAUUCGCUUGUCUCAAAGCUAUUGUCUUAUUCAGAGCAGAAACAAGGGGUCUGAAGGACCCUCUUCAAGUAGAGAAUCUUCAAGAUCAAGCACAAGUGAUGCUGUGCCAACACACUAGAGGGCGGCACCCAGGUCAGAGCCCACGCUUCGGGAGGCUCCUACUCAUGCUCCCCCUCCUGAGGACAGUUCCUACACACAGGGUCGAAUUCAUCUUCUUCCAGCGAACCAUCGGCAACACGCCUAUGGAGAAGGUCCUAUGCGACAUGUACAAGAACUGAACCUCCUCGGUUUACGAAACAAUACAUCUCUUUUCCUUACUUGUAGUUCCCUACCUCCUACUGCGUCAGAUGCUCCAUUAUGACCUUGAAUCUCGUUAAAGUCGAUGCACAUUCCAAAGAUGUAUAUCAUUUUUAAUAGUUCAUUUGACCAGAAUCCAUAGUUACUUCUUAAGUUCAAAAUGGAACGAACGGUGAUUGGAACAGUACAGUGAAGAGCCGUCGGUCAUAUCCACAUUGACAGUUUCAAAAUCAUCAAUCAAAGCUUUGUUGAUUUGAAUUUAUGAGCUUGAAGAUUUCGAAAGUCAAAUAAAUGGACAAAAAUAUAUUUAAAAUACGGUUGUUGACACCGAAAGAAAUAGAAAGAAUGAGCUUUGUCUUAACUUGUCUUUGAAUAGUUCUAAUAGUACUAACUAAAUCUCAAAUAUUUUUUUCAUCUUUAUACUUUAUAAUACACCUCAUUCAUCUCACACCAUCACUUCAUAUCAAUUUCCUCUAUGUAAUUCAUUUGAGGGUAUAAACAUUUUGAUUUUCUCAUCAAGCUAACUCAAGUACCAUGACAUUACUGACUGUAUAACAAAAUAAAUUACAAACAAGUUAAUGUUUGUUUUUUAUGUAAGGGCUGCACAUUGCGGCAAACAAUUGUCAAACAUUUGAAUCCAGCAACUUAUACAUGAUAUUUUUUAUUAGUUCACAACUAACGUAGCACACAUAAAACAUAUUUAGUCAAAAAGCAAAUAUGUAGGUAAUAGAAUCAAAACACUGUCAUUAUCGGCAUAUAAAAUUCAGAAUUGCAAUGGAUCGUUAUUUGUAAUUUUUUUUCAAAUAGUAUAAAAAAAAAUAAUAAUAAUAAAUAAAUGCAUGUGCACACGAGCAAAAAAAUAUAAAUAUCAUAUAAGUAAAUUCAGGCCAACAUUUCGAUCGUUUACAAGCUCAAAUUUUCUGUAACAAACUAUAGGCAACCAACAUAAUGAUUUAAAUUUAUCUAUCAUUAUUUUUUAUUACUGAUAAAUAACUAUUUUUUUAUUUCCUCUCACAAUACAUUAUUAUAAUGUAUAACAUUAUAUCUUGAGAGACUCAACAUUUCUUUUAAGGAUAAAAUUAAAGAAACACUAUUUCGACUCAUUUACCAUUAAUUUGAACUUGUUUGAAGAACGUAAGAUAUAACUAAUGAAAUUAAAUAAGUUCACUAUCAGUUUAACAAAAGUUGAAUUGUUAAUUUUUCCAGUAAUUCAUUGGUUUAGUUGGAAAUAGAUUAGUUCAACUGUUGCUCAUCAAUACGGGUCUAAAAAAGGAGCAUGAGUCAAAAUAAAAAUUGUUCUAAUAGUAGAGCAAGAUUAAACUUUUCCUAAUAUCCAUUGGUGGAAGAACAUGAACCAACUCAAAUGAAACUAACGACCUCCUCAGGAAUUUUCCCUUUCGGGGAGGAGGUUUGCAGAUGGAGCUAAAAUAUAGAAAAUAUCUAUAUUAUAAAUAAAAUGUAUUUAUUUACCAAUAGUAGCUGGACCAAAAGUUCACAACAAUUACAAUUUUCGGUAGAAAAUUUUACUACACAUUCUACAGUUGAAAAAAAAAAUUGGGAAUUUCAAUGAAGACUUGAAUGAAAAUUUAACGUAUACUCUUAUCCUUAAUCCACUCCGAUAUUACUCAAAUAAUUAUUUUCAUUUUUUUUUUUACUAAUAUUUCGAUAGUAGAACUUCAGUUAAAGGUUUAUAAGGUAAUGAUUAAUUUAAAAGUUCGGUUAAAGCAAUUCAUAUCGCCACAAUUUUUUUAAUUUUUUUUCGUUAUUGAAUCAAAGAAGCUCAAGUACUAAUUACUGUUCUCAAUUCUUUUGGAGUUGAACUUUUCAAACAGAAAUGUAUUGUUAUAUUGAUGAAAUCUCAAUUUCUUAACUUUAAAAGUAUUUGUCCCUAUUGAUUUUAAAACAGAGUAAUCCAUUCAGUAAAAUGCUCUAUCCCAAUUUUGGCACUUUCAAGUAGGUCCUUGGGCAUGAAAUUUCUCAACUUCUUGGAUUUCCAAUAUUUUUUUGGGGGGUGGAGAGUGACUCAGCCCUUCCAGCCUUUGCCACGUCCCUCAUCCUCCUCUUCCUUUUUCCGAACAAUGAUAAAAUUUAAACCAACUUCAAUAUGUAUUAAAUAAAUUCAAUUCUGUAUAACGGAUCUCUAAAAAUAAGCUCUUCAAAACCUCUUAAGUUGAUGUUAAUUAGUCAAUAUUUUGUGCGCCUUUUGGAUUUAUCUUGUCGAAACAUAGAUAAGAAAUCCUAUAGAUCCUAAAUGUGAUGUGCAAUACUGAGCUUGACAAUAUUUGAACCCAUUCCAUCAUAUGUAUCAACUUUUCCUGUUUAUCACGCCCGACUAUUAUAACUGGUACAAUGUUUUCCGAAGAGCGUGUUUAUAAAUAUCUUAAUAAAUCAUUUAUUUUUGUUAAACAUUGUGUAUUACAAUGAUUUGUUGGGCUAUAGUUAAAUGAUUUGUGUAUUUAGAAUAUAAAUUUCAAAUUAUUAGUGAAAUGUAUCUACUAUGUAAGUAAGCUAUUCAGUCAAUCGAUGUUUGCCUAGAUAUUGAUUAUAUUUUAAAGCAUAAAUGUGAUUUUUAUCCAUAGUUGAAUAUAAGUGAAGAGAAAAGUAUGAGUAUUUUAUUUGGAGGUAGAUUUAAAAUUUUGGAACUGUGUAAACUGUGCGCUCAAUGAAAUAUCGAAUUGUAUUUAUAUUAAAUAUUGGUAUUAAAUAGACAACCUCGAAUAUUACCUUGUGUGCCAUGUUAGUGUCCUCCAUGAAAGAUAUACUAAAGCAGUGAGGUUUUAAAAUCAAUAAAAAUCACUCACCGUACCUGGAAUCUGAAAUUGUUACUAAUUGAGUGAUCCAUACCGCAAUAUUUAAUGGAAAGUUAUUCAAUUAAUAAAUAGAUGAUAUGAGGGCUUGUUUACAUUUUUAAGUUUUAUCUCAAUUUAAAACUAAAGUAUUUGUUCAACGAUAUUAAAAAAUGUUUCUUGUCAAUCAGGAUUUUUGUUCUAGUAAUUGCUUUCUAUUUAUACAUGUAAUUGUCAUAAUGUUGUUGGUUUUUUGUUUUAAUAUGUCAUGCAUUCUUACAAGGAUGUUUAUAGCUGUAAUUAAGUAUAUAAUCAUACAUUCGAAAUUCAUGUGAGAUAUGUAUUUAAGAUGUUAGAUGGACAUCUAAUUUGUAUAAAGCUUUUUAUUCGUAUGCAUAAUUGGUUAAACAAUGAGUAUCCUUUGUGUCUAAAUGAUUUUUCCAUGAAUUGAAAAGAUAUGGUGACUAUUUCAAUAACAUUAACAUUGAAUUAAUUCAUUGUUUCUAUCUUAUAUUUUUAGUUAAUUAUCGUAAUAAAUACGAUACUCUUAUAGAAUUGAUUGUUUAAUAUUUUAUACUAAAUAUUUAGCUCUCUGUGUAUAUGUGUACAUAAAUAAUGUUAGAUUAUCAAUUUAUAUUGUUGUUUGGUGUAACAUGUACGUAAUAUGCCUCCGCUGCUUUGACGCUAUUGAAGAGAUUCCUCAAUGUUCUAUGUAAUUAUAGAGGAGGAUUGUGAAAGGAUUUAGCUCGCUAGACCAACAGACCUAACUCUAUAAUAUAUCUCUCUGCUAUUAUGAAUAAUAAAUUUUUUAAAUCGAAA